AUCAAUGCACAAUCAAAGCAUUUAGAAGUGCUCAAUACAGAAGACUUGACAACAGCAACAAUAAAAUUAAAGAAGGCGAGAUUAGAAUGUUGAACAGAAAUCAAACUAAUUAAAAUGGAGAAGGUAUAAGGAAGCACUCGACCAUCAUAAAACCAAUGACGAUAUGAAAAGAGUUUUUAGCAUGGCUAAUUUAAGAGGGUGUGGACGGCAGAAAGUUUAGAGACGGAGCUUACGUAAAGAGGGUGGAACUGAGUAAGCAACAAAGGUGUGACUUAGACUAACAACAGAAAUAGUAUACAGUAAACCAUAAGGACAUUCUCUAUAAAGGAAGUUGAGGCGAACAGCACACUAAUGAACUAAUGAAGACUAAUAAAAGAGGACUGGACAACGCUACUUAGGAAAAUAAGAUGUAGUCCACAAUGGGAUAUCAUUUCUGUCAUGCAAGACAAUCUGAAAGAAGAUUAAUCUAAGACUCAGAUUCAACUACAACCACUGUGUUCACCAGGUAAGCCAACAGACACAAAAACACACAUAGCUGAUAGAAAGACAUGAGUUUUGAAGUAGGCUUAUGUGAGUUUGAGAUUGUAUGCUAAUUGUAAAAAAACAAAAGAGAAAUACAAGGAAAGACAGAUUAGAUAUUACCUUUCAAAUACUGCAAUGGCUAAUUAGAAACGUAUUUUUCAAAGCAAUAAAUUAUUUAAAAUGUAUCCGGUGUGCUUAUGUGGAUUACCGGGUGUAAAUGACGUGUCAUUGUGUUGCCUACAUGCUUUCGAUGAUGAAAAAUGUGGACAGACAAGUUAAGCAAGACGGCAUUAAAUAUCCCACAUAUGCAUAAUAUGAGCCUUAAUUUUCUAUAACACCAGUUACAAAAACAUUAAUCUGAUGAGAGACAACAGUUAUAGCCAUGAAUCUACACAAACCAUGGCAAAUGUACAUUUGAACUGACAUGUAGAAACCAUACUGUUGGAGUGGGUGUGUUCAUUGUUGUAAAACAAAUACAUUCUCAUAUUGCACUUAAAGCACAAGGUUGCAUGUUUAGUCAUUUUUCAUAACACAGUGAGAUACCAUCAUGUAUGCACACAGUUUGCUUAGGUAUAUAAACAUUUACACAGUUUGUUUCCUACUCCUGUUACUGGUUAUUUGACUUAAAAACCCAACUCUGUUUUUCCUGAAAGGACAGUGACGGUGAGUAAGAUGUUUCUGCUGAAGUCUCAAUUGCUCAGAGCGUUAUAAGGAAUAGGAAGACUGAUUGUGUUACAUUGACCCAGAAAUCUGCUGUCUUCAAUUACCUUUACAACAAAUCUCCAACAGAUGUUUGUUUGUUUGUUUAUUCUUAUCAUUUAUGGCGAGAACUGGUUAAUCUACACAAAAGUUAAUCCACACAUUGAUUCACACACACGUUGGGGAGGGCCAUUUAAGCAUCUCCAAUUCACCUAACCGUAGGUACUUGUCUUGAAACAGAAAGGUUCCAAAAAUGUUAAAGGUUCUUUAAAGAACCAUUCAGCCAAAAAUGGUUUCUCUAUGGCAUCAUGAAGCACCUUUAUUUUUAUUAAGUGUACUUUUGUGUAGAGCAAGACGUCAAUAUCUAAACAGAAUGUAAAUAGCAAAAUCAAUUUAUUUCAAAAUGUUGUCUCUUCUCAGGAUGGCUUCUACCAGCUCUGCAUAUUCGGCAUGUGCAAAUACAGAUACAUUCUGUCAGAUCCGGGUGUAUCAACAGGAAGUGAUUGUCGUACCCGUGCUGUUUUUGAUGAUGUUCUUGGUCAUACUGGUUUUUCUGCUGCUGAUGAAGUUUUGCCCUGAGAAAGUUGAUCGCUUGCAGCCGAACUCCAAACAAUCCGCUAGGAAUAGGAGAAACUUGCAAGGCAUUGAUGCUCCUGUGGGUCUAAAUGCUCUGGAGGGUGAGCACAUAGCACUGGACACCACGUCGUACAAGACCUUCACCCCUUCAUCAACAAUUAAAGAAGAAUACACAUCUGACUCCUUAAGUGUCAAUGUGGCCUUCCCUAAUGGGAGAGGCUCCUUCGGGGCCACAGCUUCAGCCUUCACAAAGCCCAAAGAACUUCCACGUCAACGGCUGCCGGAGAAUUUUAAUGGGGUGUCUCCCCUUCCAUCAUCAUACUCUUUGAAGUCAGACUCUGUCUCACUCUAUAGGGCUCGAAUGGAGAACAGAAAUGUGGUGCUGCGUGUACUUAAAGAUUCAGCCAGUAAACAGGAAAAUCAGUCCUUCCUCGGCUUUGCAGCCUUCCUUUCCCAAUUGGGACCUAACCCCUUUAUACCAGAGCUUCUGGGUAUUGUAUCCCUCCGAGCUCCUCUCAUUACUGUUAUGGAAGAGAUGGAGCACCGGGAUCUUCUUGGAUUUUUGUGGAGAUGUAGGCAGGAUAAAGUUGGACUGGAAGGCAUUUGCGAAAUGACAGAGAAAAAGAUCUUCACUAUGGCCUUACAUGUGUCCACUGCACUGGAUUAUCUCCAUAACAAAGAUCUUCUCCACUGUAACAUCAAGGCUCGCAGCGUAUUAGUCAGUAGUAUGUUUACUGCAAAGCUCUGGGGUUUCGGCGAUUUGUAUGCAAGAACUUCAGAAAAUACAAAUCACAGGGAAGAUCCUGGUAGAAAAAAGUGGCAGGCUCCUGAAUUGUUGGUCAAGAGACCCGCCACUCCAAAAAGCGAUGUUUGGUCAUUUGGACUGCUGCUGUAUGAAAUGGUGACACUGGGUGAGGUUCCUUUUGCUGAAAUUCCUGUGACAGAACUUCUACAAUAUCAUCAAAGAGCCAAAACCCUGAAGAAACCACACAACUGCUCAAACUCACUUUACUCCAUUAUUAAAGCUUGCUGUCAGUGGAAGGAGCAAGACCGCCCUUCACUGGCUGAGGUCAGACGUAAACUUCAGUCAGGAGAGAAAAGUGCCAAUGACAGCGUUGUUCUCCGGGUGCCUGAGCCCAUCAAUGUUGAACAAUAUCUAAAGGAGGCAGGAUACGGAGAAUCCAACUACACCGUUUUCUAGAAAAAGAAAGAUCUACAAAAUGCAUGAAGUCAACACAAAAACCUCAUUUUGUGUCUGUUGUGUAAACUGUGCAUUUGCAUGCUUCAUGAUAACUGAUCAACUUGACCAUAUUUACAUAAUUCUGCACAAAAUUUUCCUUUAACUUUUAUUCAUGAAGCCAUGACCUGUUUGUCUCUGUUCCAGGAAGUAAAUUUAUGGUAACUGAUCUGAUCUUACUAAUACAUCCCACACCCUCCUUGUAAGCAGAAGAUCAUGACAUAUUUGGAAACAAACAAGAGACUUAGAUACGAUUAUUAAAGUUAUGUUUACUAAAGACAAUGUAUCCACUGUUUACCAGUAACAAACUAGGAAAAUGUGAAAGACUUAACCUCGACAGAGCUAUAAGCUGUAGCCAACAGCCUGAAACCUUUAUUGUUGUAAACGUAUGGGAUGUGAACAAACUAAAAGCAUUUAACUUGGGCCUUGUCCUAAAUGAGAACCUAAACUGUAUUUCUUUUUACUUCAUAUACAGUUAUAUAUGUGACCCUGCCUGCCAAUGUUAUAUUUCACAGAAUGUUUACAUUAUGUAGGAUGAUUUUAUGUAAAUAACUGUUUUCAUAUGCAGGGUCACAUAUGGUGAUUUACUUGUAUAUAAAAACCAUUAACACUG